AUGGCCAACAACGACCUCCUCAAGUUCGUCACCAGCGAAGUAGAUUUCUACGACCUCCUCGGCCUAACCUUCGAAGACUGUUCCCCCUCCACCCUCCGACGCGCGUACCGCAAAACCGCGCUGAAAUACCACCCAGAUAAAGUCGGAACCUCUUUCGACCCCGAGAAAUACGAGCUCUUCCAAGCCGCCAACGACAUCCUCUCAGACCCAGAACUAAAAUCAAAAUACGACAACCACAGGAAUGCGCGCGUGCAGCGGCAGCGGGCGAAUGAGUUAUUCGAGGGGAAGCGACGGCAGAUGAAGGAGGAUUUGGAGGCGCGCGAGAGGGGCGGUGUGAGUGCGGGGAUGAAGAGACAGAGGGAGGAGGAGGGGGAGAUGGGGCAGGAGUUGAGGAGAUUGGCGGAGGAGGGGAGGAAGAGGAGGGCGGCGAGACAGUCGAUGAUGGCGGAGAAUUUUAAAGUUGAUACUUCUUCUUCGAUUCCUUCUGCGCCCAGGUCUGCACCGCUGCCAAAACAGCAUGAGAAAUCUUCAAAUUUCCCACAGGCAGGAGAGAAUGCGAAAGCAGAAGAGCCUCAGGAAGAGGACGAAGUAGAGCGGUUAGAACGAAGGAUUCGCGAAGCGGAACAGGCCAAAGCCCUCAAAGCCCAGAGGAAAGCCGAGAAGAGAGCGAGGAAGAGCGGUGUCUUCGUUCCUCUAGACUCUCCAGCUCCAAAAUCAGAGUCCAAAGCUGGGAGCUCAAAGUGGGAGGCAGACCAGGGAGCCUCUACACCUAUCAAACGCCCCGAUAUUUUCAAAGGUCUGAAAGCUGACGAGAAGUCUUCAGCAUCUCCGAAAUUCUCAUUCUCACCCAACACUACACCUGCGAAGAAUGACUUCUCUGCUACGAUGGCGAGGUUAAAGGCUGCUGAGAAGAUGAAAUUGGAGGAGAUACGACAAAGGGAGUCGGAGACUGCAGGUUAA